GGGCCUUAUUUGGGCUUUAUUAUUAGUUUAAGCCCAUUUGGCUUCAAAAUUAGAUUCUGAUCAAUUAGAAGCGAGAGUGGCAACGAAUCAGAUCUGAAUUUGCCGAUUACUCAGAAAAUAAAAAAAUGCCGGAGAUUGAACAAGACGAUGCAGCGGCGGAGACGGUGGAUUCCUCCACCGUUAAAUUCGGUACACCGGAAGCACUGGAGUAUGUACGGUCGCUCACGGACGUUGGCGCAAUGACACGUCUUCUUCACGAAUGUAUCGCUUACCAGCGAAGCUUAGACUCAGAUCUCGACACGCUUCUAUCGCAGCGGACGGAGCUUGAUCGGAAUCUCGUUCAGCUUCAGAGAUCGGCGGAGAUUCUCGAUAUCGUGAAAGCAGAUGCAGAUCACAUGCUCGGAAAUGUUCGAUCGACUUGUGAUCUCGCGGAUCAAGUCAGUGGCAAGGUACGAGAGCUCGAUCUUGCUCAAUCUCGUGUUAAUGUUACUCUCUCCCGCAUUGACGCGAUUGUUGAGCGAGGGAAUUGCAUCGAAGGCGUGAAGACUGCUUUGGAAUCCGAGGAUUACGAAUCUGCUGCGAAAUUUGUACAGAGAUUUCUCCAGAUUGAUUUGCAGUACAAGGAUUCUGGUUCCGAUCAGAGCGAACAGCUUCACGCGUCGAAGGAGCAGCUUGAAGGUAUUGCGAAGAAGAAGCUCUUGGCAGCAAUAGACCAGAGAGAUCAUCCUACAAUUUUGAGAUUCGUGAGACUGUAUUCCCCACUGGGAAUGGAGACAGAAGGUCUACAGCUUUACGUUGGUUACUUGAAAAAGGUCAUUGCGUUGAGAGGAAGGAUGGAAUAUGAAAAUGUUGUUGAGCUCAUGGAGCAAGGACUCGGACAGGUUAAUUUCGUUGGGUGCUUAACCAAUUUGUUUAAGGAUAUUGUCAUGGCUAUUGAAGAAAACGAUGAGAUCUUGAGGGGUCUUUGUGGAGAAGAUGGUGUUGCGUAUGCGAUUUGUGAAUUGCAAGAGGAAUGUGAUUUAAGAGGUUCGUUGAUCUUGAAGAAGUACAUGGACUUUAGAAAGUUAGCUAUAUUGGCGUCUGAUAUUAACAAUUCUCCCAAUCUGAAUAUUCUUCCCGGUGGUGCGUCUGAAGGACCAGACCCGAGAGAAGUUGAGCUGUAUGUGGAAGAGAUACUGUCACUGAUGCAGUUGGGUGAGGACUAUACCGAGUUCAUGGUGUCAAAAAUCAAGUCUUUGACGUCGGUAGAUCCUGAAUUGUUGCCAACGGCUACAAAGGCAUUUAGAAAUAAGAGUUUUAGCAAAGCGAUUCAGGAUGUGACGAGAUAUUAUGUUAUACUAGAAGGGUUCUUUAUGGUUGAGAAUGUGAGGAAAGCUAUUAGGAUCGAUGAGCAUGUACCUGACAGCCUUACCACUUCAAUGGUGGACGAUGUGUUCUACGUGUUGCAGAGUUGUCUGAGGAGAGCGAUUUCAACUUCAAACAUAAGUUCUGUGAUUGCUGUGUUGAGCUAUGCUGGUAGCUUGUUGGGCAAUGAUUACCAUGAAGCUCUACAACAGAAGAUUAGAGAGCCUAACCUUGGUGCUAGGUUGUUCUUGGGUGGUAUAGGUGUGGAAAACACCGGAACUGAGAUUGCAACUGCUUUGAACAAUAUGGACGUGAGCUGCGAGUACAUUCUCAAACUAAAACAUGAAAUCGAGGAGCAAUGUACUGAGGUAUUUCCUGCACCAGCAGAUCGAGAGAGGAUAAAAUCAUGUCUAUCCGAGCUAGGCGAGUUAAGCAGCACGUUCAAGCAGUUACUCAACUCAGGCAUGGAACAGCUAGUAGCAACCGUAACACCAAGAAUCCGUCCGGUUCUAGACACCGUGGCUACCAUAAGCUACGAGUUAACAGAAACCGAGUACGCAGAGAAUGAGGUGAACGACCCUUGGGUCCAAAGACUUCUCCACUCAGUCGAAACAAAUGCCGCGUGGCUCCAACCACUAAUGACAUCCAACAACUACGACUCGUUUCUGCAUCUCAUAAUUGAUUUCAUAGUUAAGAGACUCGAAGUCAUAAUGAUGCAGAAACGGUUUAGCCAGCUUGGUGGGCUUCAGCUUGAUCGAGACACAAGGGCUUUGGUUAGCCAUUUCUCGGGUAUGACUCAAAGAACAGUGAGAGAUAAGUUUGCUCGGUUAACGCAGAUGGCGACGAUACUGAACUUGGAAAAGGUCUCAGAGAUUUUGGACUUUUGGGGAGAAAACUCAGGACCCAUGACUUGGAGACUCACACCAGCUGAGGUUAGACGGGUUUUGGGUCUCCGGGUCGAGUUCAAACCCGAAUCAAUUGCUGCUCUCAAGUUGUGAUGUUACUUCUUUUCUUUAUUAUGUCAUCUACACAACUCGAACCAAUUCUUUCGAAAUCUGAUUGGUUCCUCAAAUAUUUUAAUUGAAUGAAAACUUAAAUUAAAAAUCAAA